AUGGCCUCUCUUAAUCCAUGGGGAAAGCUUGACGAACUAGACAAUGAGAGGCUCAUGGCUCGUCGUAAGACGAGGAAGAGAAUCAUAAUUAUUGCCAUAUCAUCCAUUGUUCUUGUGUCCAUCGUUAUCGGGGCAGUGGUUGGUGGUGUUUCUCACAACAAAAACAAAUCUUCCCAACAAAAUGAUAAUGUCUCGUCGAUGACCUCAACCAUUAGUGCUGUAUGCAAUCUAACCCUCUAUCCCGACUCAUGUAUCUCCAGCCUUUCCCCAUAUGCUGCAAAAGGCAAUGCUCUCAAACCUCAAGAUAUCUACAAGAUGUCUGUUCUAGUUGCCCUCAACGAGCUCUCUGGUGCCUCCGAUAACUUCUUAAAGAGUGAUACAUAAAACAUCAAUGAUCCAGCAGCUGCUAAAGCUAUCCAGAGUUGUCACGAGCUUCUAUCCCUUGCGUUUGAUCAUCUGAAUGACACGUUGUCCGUUGCUGAAACCUCUUUACUCGAUGCCUUUGAUGAUCUAAGGACAUGGUUGAGUUCUGCAGGGACUUAUCAGCAGACCUGUAUUGAUAGUUUUGAAAAUGUCACAUCAAAUAGUGCCAUACGCAAAGCUGCAGGACAGAAUUUGAACAACUCCACCCGGUACACCAGUAACAGCUUGGCACUUAUAAGCUCGUUAGAAAAUUCCAUUACCAGCUUAGGUGCUAUCGGAAAGAGGAGACGUUUGAUGGGAUAUGAAGAUGAUAAUGAUGAUGAGUACCCGAGCUGGUUGUCGUCAUCAAAUGACAGGAAACUGCUGCAGAAAUCAUCAGAAACAAAGAUAAAGGUGAAUGUAGUAGUGGCUAAAGAUGGUUCAGGGAAGUACAAGAGCAUUAAGGCAGCACUAAAAGCUGCACCAGAGAAGAGCAAGAAGAGAUUUGUGAUCUAUGUGAAAAAGGGUGUUUACAAAGAGAAUGUUAGGGUUGAGAAGACUAAAUGGAACAUUAUGAUUAUUGGUGAUGGAAAAGAUGCUACCAUCGUUUCUGGUAACCGUAACUUUAUUGAUGGAACACCUACAUUCCAAAGUGCCACCUUCGCUGUGUUUGGAAAGGGAUUUGUGGCUCGUGAUAUUGGAUUUGUAAACACAGCUGGUGCAGCAAAGCAUCAAGCAGUUGCAUUAAUGUCAACAGCAGAUGAAUCAGUGUUCUACCGCUGCAGAAUGGACGCGUUCCAAGACACUCUUUAUGCUCAUUCCAACAGACAAUUCUACAAAGAAUGUGAUAUCUAUGGGACAGUGGAUUUCAUCUUUGGUAACUCAGCUGUUGUACUCCAAAACUGCAACAUUCUUCCAAGAAUACCAAUGAGUGGGCAACAGAACACCAUCACAGCUCAAGGAAAAGUUGAUCCAAAUCAAAACACUGGAAUUUCUAUCCAAAACUGUAGUGUUAUGCCGUGGGGAAACCUUACUGGGAUCAAUACAUUUUUAGGAAGGCCAUGGAAGAAUUACUCAACAACUGUUUUCAUGGAAUCAAACUUGGGAGGUUUCAUUCAUCCAAAUGGAUGGAUGCCAUGGGUUGGAACCACAGCUCCAAGUACCAUAUUUUAUGCUGAGUAUAACAAUACUGGAGCAGGGGCAAAUACAAAAAACAGAGUUAAUUGGGAAGGCUUGAAAUUGGGACUUACAAGUAAAAUAGCUAGCAAGUUCACAGUAAAGCCUUUCAUUCAGGGAAACAAAUGGCUUCCUGCAGCUGGUGUUCCAUUUAUGGCUGGUCUUUGA